CGGUGGGUGGGGACCAGCCAUGCUGAAGCUCACCGCCUUUCAGACCCAUUACUGGCCGCUGGUGAGGUUCCUGGUCCCUCUGGCCAUCACCAACAUCGCCGUGGAUCUCGGGGAGCAGGCAUUAAACAGGGGCAUAGCAGCUGUAAAAGAGGAUGCCAUUGAGAUGCUUGCUAGUUAUGGACUGGCCUACUCCCUCAUGAAGUUCUUCACUGGGCCAAUGAGUGACUUUAAGAAUGUGGGCUUGGUGUUUGUGCACAGCAAGCGAGACAGGAUCAAGGCUGUUCUCUGCAUGAUCACAGCUGGCACUGUGGCUGCCAUCUUUCAUGUUCUAAUAGCGCAUACAAAUCUGGGCUACUACAUCAUUAACAAGUUACAUCACGUGGAUGAUUCUGUGGGAAGUAAAACCAGGAAAGCUUUCCUCUACUUGGCCGCUUUCCCAAUGCUGGAUGCGUUGGCCUGGACUCACGCAGGCAUUCUGCUAAAGCACAAAUACAGUUUACUGGUGGGCUGUGCUUCUGUCUCCGAUGUCAUUACUCAGAUUGUAUUUGUGUCUAUCUUGCUUCACAGUCAUUUGGAGUGCACAGAACCUCUCCUGAUCCCAAUCCUGUCCUUGUAUAUGGGUGUAAUGGUCCGUUUUACCAUGCUGGGCCUUGGCUACUACAAAAAUGUACAUGAUGUAAUUCCGGAGAGAAGUGGACCUGAAAUGGGGGGAGAAGCUACAAUAAAGAAGAUGCUGGCUUUCUGGUGGCCUCUAGCUCUGAUCCUAGCCACUCAGCGGAUCAGCAGGCCCAUAGUCAAUUUGUUUGUGUCUCGUGACUUGGGGGGCAGUCCCACAGCCACAGAGGCUGUUGCAGUUCUGACAGCAACAUACCCAGUGGGUCAUAUGCCUUACGGGUGGCUGACUGAGCUCCGAGCUGUUUAUCCUGCAUUUGACAAGAACAAUUCCAGCAAUAAACUCGGACACAUCAUCAAUAAAUCGCAUAUCAAGAGGUUUACCUUCACCUGCUUAGCUAUGUCCGUCACACUCUGCUUUGUUGUGUUCUGGACUCCACAUCUGUCUGAAAAGAUUCUGGUUGACCUGAUAGGUGUGAACUUCGCUUUUGCUGAGCUCUGUGUGACUCCAUUAAGGAUCUUCUCCUUUUUCCCUUUCCCAGUUACAGUUCGAGCUCAUUUGACCGGCUGGUUGAUGACCCUAAAGAAGACUUUUGUGUUGGCUCCCAGUUCCGUGCUGAGGAUAGUGGUUCUCAUUACAAGCCUGAUUGUGCUACCUUACAUGGGAGUACACGGUGCAUCUUUAGGGGUUGGGUCACUUCUGGCUGGUUUCCUUGGAGAAUCUGCUAUGGUAGCGAUAGCAUCUUGCUAUGUAUAUCGCAAAGAGAAAAAGAAGAGAGCGCUGGAUGAGCUUGCAGCCGAGGGGGAGGACUCUGCAAUGAACGAUGAGAUUGCCCCUGAGGAGAUGACUGAGGUUGUGGAAAUGGAGGAAGAAGACGACUGAACAGUUCUGGAUGCCAUGGGGAUCACUCCGGUGCAACAACGUGCCCGCUCCCUCUCUUCUGCCCGAAUCUCCAUUGCUUUUUUUUCCCAAGGGAGCCUGCACCAACAGCAAAGACGGAUCUCAGUCAGUGUUGGUGAAUUUAUCCUUCUCCCCUCCCUUCCUCUCCCGCCAACCUUCCACUGAGCACAAGAAAACGACUUCUUAAACAAAAAAUAAGUCUUCCACAGACCCCCUUCUUUCUGUGGUAUCAGCAACGCAUCUUCAACCAAAGCACCUUCAUCUUUCUUCCAUAGACUAUACUGCCGUCCUAUUCUUCAUUAAUAUCUUUGGUAGACUAGGGGUGUACAUUUUGGGAUUUUUAACUUCAUUUAACUGCUUGAAUUAUUAUUACGUUGCUUUUUUUUCCUUUUUAUGUCAAUUUGCGGUUAGCUUUCCAGGGGCCUACUGCAGUAUUGCCAUCACAUUGUUGCUCAAGAGAUGAAGGGAUCUCAAGGCAUCAGAACCACAAAGGACAAGUAAUUUAAGAAACAAACAUAUCAAUUUAUUUUUUUACAUACCAAGUGGAGUUUGAUAGCAGUAUUUGAGAAGAAUGCUGUGUGUGUGUGUGAUGGUGAAUUGUACAUCAAACACCAAAUGUAGGGAAGACUUGAAUUUCAUGAAUGAGAAAGUGCAUAAUGACAUGAGACUACUUGAAAAUAAAUUAGACUGGGUACAGACUGUGUGAGAGUUGACAUGGCUUAAAAAUAUUGAGCUCAAACAUAGUUUAAAGUGAUCCCAUCACUGCGUAAAUAUCUAUAUAUAAAUGUGUUAACCCAUUUAAAUUCAGUACAUUAACUCAGAGCAUUGUAUAUUGCAAAGCAACAAGUACCGUACAUUUUAAAUGUCAAGUAAAUGAACAUUGGAUAUUUUUUCUCUGCUGUAUUGAGGGUGGAUUAUUUCUCACCGAUUUAGAAUGGGAAGGGGGCAGACCACUUUGGGGAAUGGUCCCUUUCCAAUGGCCACAGUAUGGAGAACAUCCACAUCUUGGAUGCUGUGUCUCAGUGUUUGCUAGUUUUCCCUGGACAAACAGCCCAAUCUAGUCCACAACCUCAGUGUUUUUUCUGCUGCGUUCAGUGGCAUUUUUAUUCAAUGCAUGUUACAACCAGGACUCUCAGAGAGACUGACUUUUGGUCAGUAUUUUGAGUGGGCACUGGGAGGCAAGACCUGAGAUGACACACAACCUGUUUUCUCAUGGCCAAUAAACAGCAUUCAUUACAUUAUAUUCAUCAUUUGUUUCCUGUCAAAGGCAGUCUUGAUCUUCAGAAGUGAAGAUCUAACCUAUUCAAUCCAUUCUUCCUUCAUUCGCUUGAGCGGUGAAUGGCUGUGCUUAACUUAUGGUAUAGACGAAAGCCCUGUCAGCACCAAACACAAGUGCUAAAAAGCAAAGACUUAAUCUGAGUGUAAUAAGCAACUUGCAGUGAAGCUGGUUAUUGAAUGGCUUUAGUUGGGUGUCAGUCUUGUAGAAAUAUCUUUGUUGAAGGAAUGUUUAGUGACCAUCUCCCUCGCAUUUCAGGGUGAAACCAGGCUUGACACGUGAGAAUGCAUUACACUGGUACUUGUAGGUAAAUCUUUAUAUAUGUGUGUAGUCAGCUGAUAUAAUGUUUGGUGAGAGCGUAACAUUGCAAAAACAUGUGAGUUCCAACUGCUUGGAUGGGAGAGUGAGAAUGAUUCAAUUGUUGAAGAGUGAGUGCACAUGACAGUGAAUUGUCGAGUCUUGUGUUCUGAGUUCCAGAAGCUUCUUCCAGAGUUCAUGGUGUAUUGCACCGUUUCAUUUUUAGAAAAAGAAAAUUACCUCAUUGAUUGUUUUCCUUGAACUGAACCAUCUUGUGAUAGAAUUCUUUGACAUGGCUCCUCAUGUUGUUGGGCUAAAUAUAAAAUUUAUGCAGUUAUGAAAUGUGUGUAAAAGAAUGGAAAGCUGUCCUCUUCAUUAUAAACAGAUUGACAAUGUGCUUCAUUUGAAUCUAGCCAAAUGGUGGUGGUUAAAAGAAAAAGUACAACUUUUGGUCAAUUAUAUUUGAGAUACUUUAAGAAUAUGGAUAUAAUUUUGAGAUACCAAAUAGAGAAUGUUCUAAUACACAUGUGUAUAUAUACAUAUAUUCUUUCUUCUCUAUAUAAUGUAUACGUAUAAAUUUCCUCUAUUUAUAAUACGUAUAUAUUUUACUUUCCUCUAUAUAAUGUAUAUGUAUAUAUAUUCUUCUAUAUAAUACGUUUUUUUAUUAUGUUAAGGGAUUUGCACUCAUUUUAGAUUUUUGAUCAUGUGCCCUUUUUUUUUUGCUCGUCUGGCUACUCGGAAUUAAAUGUGUUUUUUUUCUCUCACUCUGAUUAUGCUUUCGUAGCGCUGUAAAUAAAAGCUCUAUUGCUCAAUGUAAGCUGGGGAAUUUGCGCACUCUAGGUUUCCUGAUUCAUCCCAUGGGAGUCAUGUGGACCUUCUGUGGGCUAUGUGAAGGAAAUAGCUACUAACAUAAGGGAAUGGGAAAAGUUGAUGUUUGAACUGUUCAUCCACUGGAGCAGAGGAGAUUGAAGAAGGAUGAUGUGUUAGAGGUCUUUAAGAUUCGGAAGGAAAGUAACAAGGUAAAUAGGGGAAACUAUUGUCUUUCAUCAGGGAAUCAGUCACAAGGGUCACAGCCUCAAGCUUUUGAAAGAAAAAAUAAGGGAGAUUAGAAGCAAUUUCUUCACUCAAAGUUGAUGGGGUUUGUAAUUUAUUGACACAGGGAUGAACAACUGGAAUCCUUCACAAAUGAACUGAAUAGACAACGAGGCAGUGAAAGCAUAUGGGAAAAAGUGGAUUUGAAAGAAAAGAUUUUAGUAAUAUAGGCGCUGUGGCACAGACUUGAUGGGCCCAAUAGCCUCCUAUGCUGAAAAUGUCUCUAUAUUUUGGGAGUGGGGAGGUUAGUUUGAAGUUGCUCUAUAAAACUAGGGCUUGUUUUACAGUCCUAUAUUUGUAAAUCAUGACUACUAUUGUAAAAAUGUGUCUUAUUUAAUAGGUUAUCAAUAAUAAACUGAAACAAAAAAGCC